GCCAAGGCUUUGGAAGUGAUUCAAUAUUUCAAGGAUAAGUAUCAUGAGGGGAAGUGCGAUGUUGCAAUAGUUGAUGAUGGGAAGCUGCAGACUGAAUCAGAUUCUGGCGAAUUUUGGGUCAUCUUUGGUGGGUUUGCACCAAUUAGCAAAAGGACCCUUACUGAGGACGAUGUUAUUCCUGAGAAGACCGCACCUAAACUUUACAGCAUCAUUGAUGGUCAGGUGAAGCCUGUAGAUGGCGAACUUACCAAAUCUAUUUUGGAAAAUAACAAAUGCUAUUUAUUGGACUGUGGUGCUGAGAUAUUAAUUUGGUUUGGCCGUGUAACUCAAAUAGAGGAAAGGAAAGCUGCCACCCAGGCAGUGGAGGAAUUCAUAAGCAGCCAAAAUAAGCCAAAAUCAACACGUAUAACUAGAGUUAUUCAAGGUUAUGAAACACAUUCAUUUAAGUCAAGUUUUGAUUCCUGGCCAUCUGUAUCAACACCCUCUACUGGUGAGGAAGGAAGAGGAAAAGUUGCAGCUUUGCUGAAGCAGCAAGGUGGUGGUGUCAAGGGAAUGACUAAGGCUGCUCCAGUAAAUGAGGAGGUUCUACCACUGCUCGAAGGUGGUGGAAAAAUUGAAGUAUGGCGCAUUAAUGGCAGUGCCAAGACUCCUGUGCCCAAGGAGGAUAUUGGUAAAUUUUAUAGUGGAGACUGCUAUAUUGUCCUAUAUAGUUAUCAUUCCGGCGAUAAGAAAGAAGAUUACUAUCUGUGCUGCUGGAUUGGAAAGGAUAGCAUUGAGGAUGAUCAAAAGAUGGCAGCUCGACUAGCUACUACCAUGUGCAAUUCACUAAAGAGUAGACCUGUGCAGGGUCGGAUAUAUCAGGGGAAAGAACCACCACAAUUUGUUUCCAUCUUCCAGCCAAUGGUUGUCCUUAAGGGGGGAAUGAGUUCUGGGUACAAAAACUAUGUGGCAGACAAAGGUUUAAAUGAUGAAACAUACACCACAGAAUCUGUUGCACUUAUCAACAUAUCUGGGACUUCCAUACACAACAACAAAGUAGUUCAGGUGGAUGCGGUUGCUACAUUGCUGAAUUCUUAUGAAUGUUUUAUUCUGCAAUCUGGUUCAUCUAUGAUUAUUUGGCAUGGGAAUCAAAGCACCUUUGAGCAGCAGCAGUUAGCUGCAAAAAUUGCCGACUUCUUAAAGCCUGGAGCUGCUGUCAAGCAUACUAAAGAAGGAACAGAGAAUUCUGCUUUCUGGUUUGCUUUAGGAGGGAAACAAAGCUAUACCAGCAAAAAAGUAUCUCAAGAGAUUACCAGGGAUCCACAUUUGUUUACAUUUUCUUUCACAAAAGAAGGAAAAAUUGAGAUUGAAGAAGUUUACAACUAUUCUCAAGAUGAUUUGCUGACUGAGGAUAUAUUGAUACUUGAUACACAUGCUGAAGUGUUUGUUUGGGUUGGUCAAGCAGUUGAAACCAAUGAGAAGCAAACUGCAUUCGAAAUUAGCCAGAAAUACAUAGACUCUGCUGUGGCUCUUGACGGCUUAUCUCCUUAUGUUCCUUUGUACAAAGUCUCCGAGGGAAAUGAGCCUGUCUUCUUCACCACAUAUUUUUCAUGGGAUCCUGCUAAAGUAACUGCAACUGGAAAUUCGUUCCAGAAGAAGAUUAUGCUGCUUUUUGGGACAGGUCAAAACGUGGAGGAAAAGUCGAAUGGGUCAAAUCAAAGUGGUGGACCAACUCAAAGAGCCUCAGCAUUAGCUGCCUUGAAUUCUGCUUUUAGACCUUCUUCUGGCACCAAAAGUCCUUCAACAACUCCUAGAUCUGCAAAUUCAACUCCUAGAUCAGCAGGAUCAGGUCAAGGAUCGCAAAGAGCUGCUGCAGUGGCUGCAUUAUCUCAAGUUCUUACAGCUGAAAAGAAACCAUCUCCAGAUGCCUCGCCCAUUCGAUCAGCUCGCACCCCUCCACCAGAAACCAAUUCUCCUGCAGCUGAAACAAAGAGCCAAGAUGCUUCAGAAAUAGAAGAUCCAAAAACAGCUUCAGAGAUUGACGAUAUAAAAGUCAAUAAUAAUAAUAAUAAUAAUAAUACAGUAGAAGAAACUGUCUCAGAAAGCAAUGGUGCAAAUUCAGAACCGAAGCAAGAAGAAGAAGUUGUAGAGCAGGAGGAAGAGAAUGUUACCGAAAGUGGUCAAAGUUUCUUCAGCUAUGAAGUUCUUAAGGCACAUUCCGAAAAUCCAGUUACUGGAAUUGAUUUCAAACGUAGAGAGGCCUAUUUAUCAGAUGAUGAAUUUCAGUCUGUUAUGGAAAUGACUAAAGAUGCAUUUUAUAAAUUGCCCAAAUGGAAGCAAGAUAUGAACAAGAAGAAAGCCGACCUUUUUUAGUAAGUUUGCAAAAUUGAACUUUUUAGACAUUGUUAUUUUAUUUUUCAUCUUCAUUUCAGGCUACUGGUGGAUUUGGCAACCUG